CUGUAAACGCUAUGCUUCCUAAGUUGAGGCUUAUCUGUAUGAGGCCCCACCGUAAGGUUGUCAGCUCACAUUCAAACAGAAAGCGAUACUAAAGUGGAUCGCUAGCGAGACUACAGAUGGCUCCUGCCUGUCGUCUUCACAGAACCAGCAUGUUGGUGUACAUCCUGGUACUUUGUUUUUGUGCUUCCUUAGCUAGUAAACUGGACUAUUCAGUGAACAACCAACACCCAUGCAUGUAUUCAGAUAAGAUCCACGCUUAUAAAGACUUCUUGAGUAAGCAUGUACGUGCUGAUGCUCCAACCACCCUCGACCAAAACAAGUGGCAGGCCUUUAUCCAGAACAUUGGGACAUGCAACCGACCCAUCCAGUCUUUCCUUCCGUUUACUCAGAAGCAGGAGGUGGAUAACGUCUGCUCAGCCUCUGGGGGUAAAGUAUACAGCGGUAAUCUGUGCAUCAGUAGGCAGGAGUUCACCUUCACCACUGUUUAUGUGGACAAUAACUGUAUUCUGAGGAAGGUCAUCUCAGAGAGGAAGUACAUUAUCUUGGCCUGUGAUGAGCUCCAAGGUUACUGCCGCCCGGUCCAUUUUGAGGCCAACCCAGGAAAUGUUGGACCAAAUCCCCUAUGGCUGGAUUGCAAACAGCCAAAGGUCCAGAGCUUUGAAGAGUUUGCAUGUCCUGCUAUGGGUCUUCUAAUCAUCACAGUGCUGUCAGCCGCAUUCAUCUGCUCCAAAUGCCUCACCAAAAGCAAGAAGAAAAAUGAGGAAAAUAAGAAAUAACUGCAGAUGUGAGACUCUCGCUAACUGUCAUGCAGUGUAUUUACAAUUAUUAUGUGAACAUGCAUCCAAUCAAAGAAAACAAAAAAAAAUUUUUUAAUUGCAUGCUCAUUCACAUACAUUUAGGAGCAUAGUACAUCAGAAAACAUAGACCCAGCUCAGGACCGCACACCUUAUAAUAUUACCUCAUUUGUGUAUGAAUAUCCAUUUCUUAGAUGCCUUCUUUGUUCAGGGUGUCUGGUAUUCACAUAAAAAUGAAUGCACAGCACUUGCUGGCCAUUAUAAGAGGCCCUUUAUUCAAACUUAGCUCUCACAGUCAUACUCUCUCUCUCACACUCUCAAACCUCUUACACACACCAUCAUGCUUUCUCUCACACACACUGUCAUACUCUUAGGCAUUCUUGAUAGUGAACGAGAAAAAGCUUGAUAGUGAAUGAGAGACCUUGUGUAUGUGUAAAAGUUUGAGAGUUUGGUAGUGAGUGAGAGAAAGUUUGGUAUCACGUUUUCUGAUUGGCCUAAACAGUUGUCAUUUAAAUGAGCAGUUUCUGAUUUGCCUAUAUUCAAAUAUGCCCCUCCCCCAUGUGCGGUUAAUUUCCUAACAAGUGGAAAUCCUUGUAGGCUACAUUCAAUGGAACCAAAAGCUCAAACCAGAUUAAUGAGGCUGUUGAUCUCUUAACACUAUGGCAAACACGUUGUGACAGCAGCAACAACCAACAGCCAAUAGAACAGGUGAUGAGGAGAUGCAUCGUUUAUUCAGCCCUGCGGGGGGAAUUAAUUACUGUGCUGGAACCAACCAGCUGCUAUUGGGGAAAAAAAAACAGCCAGCCAAAUGCAAGCACCAUAGUACCAAACACAAGAGCUUUUCUCUGUCUGCGACCUGUCAGCGAUAGGAAAAUCAGGGCGAAAACCGUGUGCUGUUAACUCAGCAUAUUAGGUCAAUAGCCUCAUUAAUCUGAGCUCUUGGUCCCAUUUAACGGCUACAGGAACUUCCACUUGUAGUUCAGUCCGCAUUGAUGAUGUCUUCUCGAAUGGAGAGGAAACUUUGCAAUUAAAUUGCCAAGCUCGGCACUCAAAUGAACAACUCAAUUAUCAACCCAGGCUACCAAUAUUUCGACACAUCUCUAAUAGUUGUAGGUGCAAGGUGCUUUUAAUAAAGUGUGUUGUGAAAAUGUAA